GUGCAAAGCAGAAACUCUACAACUGAGGCCUGGGCCCACCUCAGAAGGCUUCAAAUAUCGUCACACUGUAAUCUUUACAACAACCCUGCAAGGUUCUGGCGGCGGCGCUCGGGGCGCGUCAUGUUCCGGCGGUCCCAUCUCAAGAUCCUGCUGAUCGGCAAUUCAGGGGUGGGCAAGUCGGCCCUGAUGAACCAGUACGUCAACAACCGCUUCAGCACCCGCUACCGAGCCACGAUUGGGGCCGAUUUCCUCAGCAAAGAACUGACGCUGGACGGAAAGACCGUCACGGUGCAGAUCUGGGACACAGCUGGCACAGAACGGUUCCAGUCUCUGGGGACAGCCCUUUACCGGGGAUCAGACUGCUGCUUCCUCGUGUUUGACGUCACGUCCGCCAGCUCUUUUGAAGGCCUGGAGAAGUGGCACAAGCAGCUCUUGUUACAGAUUGAGCCCGGGGAAGACGGGCCCUUCCCCAUCGCUGUCAUCGGGAAUAAGACUGACCUGGAGAACCGGGAGGUGUCUUCAGAGGAAGGUGAGGAGUGGAGCCGGCUUCACAACGCUCAGUACUUUGAAACCAGUGCCAAGGCAGCAACCAACGUACAGGCGGUGUUUGAAUGGGCUGUGCGGGCUGUCCUGAAAAACCGCAAGACACCGGACCCUCCAGAACCUGACUCGGUUCACCUGGAGACCAGGCAGCCAGAAGGGGCACCCCGGGAAAAAUGCAGCUGCUGAGGAGUCCAAAGACAGACAGGAAGAAGCCGUUCUUGGCUAUGCUUCAGGUGGUGCCUCCAUGCUGCUUAAGGCCAGUGGGUACCAGUACGGUUGUGCUCGGCCCCAAGGACACCUGGCAAGGCUACAGUGUAUAGCUCAGGCAUGGCUCGGUUGUCUCUCCCUCAUCUCCUAAGUCCAAACCUUUGCUCUCCUGGAAGAGGCAGACAUGGGUGGGGGCAGAGCACCCAGGCCCCUCCCCCUGUUGGAAAUAAAUGGCUUGGCCGGAGACUUUAAGACAGAGGAAGGGUCAGGAAGAGAACUGGUUUCAUAAAAACAAACUCUUUUCUCAAAAAAAAAGUCUUUAAUUGUUGAAAAUAGCACAAAAACAACAGAUACGCAGCACUAGGGGCAAGGGGGGAGGGAGAAGUGGAUAGCCAUGGGGAACUCCUAUGAGGGCUGUUCCUGUUGUGGUGGAAAAUAAAUUGGCCAAGAGGUAGGAAAGA